AUGCCACUCGUUGGAAUACGCCGGCAUGAGUUACAGGAUGACGGAGUACGGCGUUUGUUGAGAUGGAGGAUACUCAUCAUCUCGAUUUGCACUGGCUUUAUGGCUGCUAGCUGCUUCCUCCUCGGCUCGCUCUUCGGGUCGCUCAGGGAGGAGCACGGAUGGGCACCGCAAGUACUGGACUUCACGAACUUUCUGGGCAUCCUCGUGCUGUUCAUAGGCAUGGCGGGCGCUGGAUGCGUGACCUUGAGGCUUACGUCUUCCGACGAGGACUCUGCGCUAUCAGAGACUCAACUGCGCGUGUGGGCAAGCAUGCCCUUUUGUCCCUUCGCUUCAAGCGAAUGUCAGCUUUAG